AUGGUCGCCACCGGAGGGGUGCCCUCAGGGGCCCCGGUUUCUUCUAGGUCCAACAGACAGUGGGAAAUCGUAACGCCUGUUAGCUCCCAGACGCGAGAGGAGCGGCUGGCUAGGGAAUUGGCGGUUCUUGAACUGAGCAGACGGAUGUUGAGUUCCCGUGCGACGAACUCAGCACACCACACCGCCACCAGCAGGGAAACAGACAAGACAGGCAGCAGGGGAACAGACGCUAGUGGGUGGAAUGGUGGGGGCCCUCAUCAUCAUCAUGCCUUGGAAGAAGGAGGCGCCAAUACAGCAGGCGGAUUAUCGCCAGAGGAAUUUGCUGCCGCCUUCGAGCGAUAUAUGGCGGGAUGCGUGCUGCAGCAGGUUAACGAGGCUCAACAGCAACAACACCAGCAGCAGCAUACUCCGUUCACGUCCGCAGACACUGCUGCCCUGCUGUCAUCAGCAGUGGAUCUGUCUGGGUUACGUGAGGGCGUGCAGAUGACGUCGUCUUCAGGAGGGAGGACAAACGAGGCUGCCAGGAGCUCCUCCUCCUCUUCUUCUUCAUUUCCUUCGUCUUCUUCCUCUUCAAGCCGUGUGACUGGGUCCCAUUCUCAGCUGGCCAGCGCAGCGCAUGCAGCAGCAGCAACAGCGGCAGCAGAGGGAGCUGCUGCGCGUUCAGGCGGCGAGUUGGAGGGGCGUCGACCUGUGGUCAGUCAGGGACAGGACGCGACGGAUUUUCAGACUUUUAUGGCAGAGUUCGCCUCAGGAGACGCCGCUGAAUUCCUGUCGGGAGCUGGAGGAGGAAGAGGCAGCACAACAGCAGCGGCAGCAGUUGCUGCUGCUGCAUCCGGCAGAGAUGGGACCGCCACCAGCAACCCCAGCCACCUCCAUGAAGGACUAAUCUUAGGCAGGGGAGGAGGUAGCCAAGAGGAAGAUCUCUUCAGCACUUCCCUUUUCUCUCGGCUGAUGCAGGAGUGCCAGUCACACUGCGGGGCGGACUUUGACUUGAACAGCGAACAAGUGGGGGCGGCCAACUGCAUCAGAAUGGGGGGGGAAGGGAGCGCUCGGCUUGCUGCUGUGUCAGCCGAACUCCUGGCGUUUCUGCAGCAGCACCAUCUGAACAAGCUGGCGGAAAAGCCAGAGACGGCGAAACGGCUGCUAGCCAGCGCCAACAGCACUGCAUGCAACAGCAACAUUAACAGCCGGAGAACGAGCAACUGCAGUCCGGGAGCUGAGGACGAAGAGGAAGUUCGGGCCUACAAGCGCCGCUUCUUAGAAAUGCACCUCCUGGACCAGAGACGCACCAGCUUUGCCAGCAGCAGCAGCAGCAGCGGCAGCAGCGAUAUGAGGCUGCUUGCAGCAUCCCUUGCAGGGCCCCGAGAGGGUGGUGAAUGCGGCGGGGAGGGAACAGACGCCGCAGGUGCAGGUGCGGUGGAGCGCAGGGCGAAACAGCCGGGUCAUGAGUUGGUCUUGGGCGGGGUUACGAGCGACUCGCCUUCGAAUCCGUCGUCGCCUUCUUACUUGGCAGAGCUGCAGCUGAUAGAACGUGUGGCGGGAGGUGGAGAUCCUUUCUUGCAAGAAGACGCUCUGGGAGGUUCAUCAUUCAGGGGGCCCUUGGGUUACUACAGCGUUUGUGAAGGUGCAGGCAAAGAUGAUUGCGCUAGCCAACGCCUCUACCCCAUAGUUCGAGGUGUUUCGCGAGACAACACCAAGAAACGAUGGGCUGUGUACUGGAAAGGAUACAGACGUUACUUCUACGACAAGUUCUUCGAAAGCUGUGUAGAGGCGUACAGGAGAGCCGUGCAGUUCAGACAACAGGCCACCACUGCAGCAGCAGCUGUCACCGCCACAGGGAAUCCCGCACAUCUUAUUGCUGCGGGGCUGCACGGAUCGCCUGGGGGAGGCGGCAGCAACGCCAAACACCAUCAGCUAAAGGCAGAACACUCCGAAUGCGUGGCCGCUGCCCUGGCCUCUGCUGCUGCUGCUGUUGCAAGCCAGUCGAAUGGGCGCAAGGGCAAAUAUGCGUCGCCUGCUGCUGGCGGGCAUGGCACACGGGACGACAGAACAGUGGUUUGUUUGUAUAAGGAAGCCAUUCUCUUCAUUCUGGAGGAUCUGAGGAACAACGUGCUAGCCCAGUAUCUCACCUCCAGGGCGGCUCUCUGCGCCAGCGCUGCCACCACCACUAUUGGGCAAGCAGCCUCUCCAGGGGAACUGGCAGCUGCCACUACAGCCAAGCGUCUCAUGGAUCAGACGUUGCUGAUGCACACAAACGUCGUGGGAAACGCCACCUCCACUGCAGAACUGCAACCAUCUCUAAUGAUUAUUGCCCCCUGUCUCGAGGAGUUGAAGCUUCCGAGCCAGCAGACGCCACAGCAACAGCUGUCACUCAUGCAGUCCAUUCUUGCUAUGCAUAUUCAGCAACUUGUGUUGCUGUCGCGGUACCUCAACAAAGGGAUCGCCGCCUUGCCUGAAGGGGGUGCCGCCGGUAGUGCCGGCGAGCAAUCCAGGCAUCCGGAUGUCAAGGGAGAGAGCGAACAGACAGAAACUGCAACUGGCCCUGUUCAUGAUGAUUUGCAGGAGCAACAGACUGCUCCAGCAAAUGCAGGAAGCACUAUCGGUGUUCCCGCGUAG